CUGUGUUUGAUGAAACUCCUUUCAGUAGUUAUUCAGUGAUCUAGUGGCUAUUCGGUGUUCCGUUUGACGUUUUUAAGGAUUUCAGAAGGAUAAGAAAACAAUAAGACACUUAAAUAGCCAGGUGAGAAAAUCUGUCAUCCAUCUUUACGCUUUUAAUCCUAGUAAUGUAGGAUUAUGUUUUUAAAAAGAUUUUGUUAGUUUUUGUUGUAAAAUAUAUAUAUAUAUUUUUUUUUUAUCAGGUUUUUUUAGAUUACCACAUUGUAGAUAUCUGCUUUUUUUCAAAUGAUCCCAAAUUCACACUCGAUCUGGUCAAAUACUCCUGACUCAAAACCAAUUGACAAUUUGUGCAGCCUUGUGGAUGUGUGAAUUUAAUGCGUAUGCAGGUUUAAGUAUAAAAUAAAAGCCAAAAAACAUGUAGGAUGUCUCAUAUGACCCACUCCUUUCAUUUGGAGCGCUACAUUCAGUAAAAAAAAACGUUCCCCUAUAUUUUUAGGAAAGGUUAUACUAUGUCUACAGGAUGCAUACAGAUACGUCAUGUUUUGUAGUAUUUCUUCUACUGGUACGUCACAUUUUGUAGUAUUUCUGCUACUGGUACGUCACGUUUGUAGUAUUUCUGCUACUAGUACGUCCCGUUUUGUAGUAUUUCUGCUACUGGUACGUCACGUUUUGUAGUAUUUCUGCUACUGGUGCGUCACGUUUUGUAGUAUUUCUGCUACUGCUUCUUUUCACUGUGAGAUCUCUUACUGUGUCUGUGUCACAUUUUUGUUGUUGCCGGUACAACAUGAUGCACAUGAGGUCAAGGGUUACCACAGAGGUCGCCAUUUCAGUUGUGACAUGCAUAAGAGUUAUAUAAUAUUUCUUUCUGAUGCAAUCUUAACAUACCAUCUACACAACAUACCAUCCCCUCAGCUGCAUUGCACGCCGUCUCUAUUUAGCAACACUAUUUAUUCUACAACGGCAAGAAACUCAUUUUUUUCAUGACCCUCAUCGCGUAGCGACACAAUUUAACAACGUACUUCUCCAGGUCAGGUUUCUCCAGUCUAAACUUUCAACAAAAAAAAAAUCAUAUUUCACUCUAAUCCUCAGAAACUCAUCCAGAAUUCGUCACGCUUGAGUGAAAAGGUUCAAGCUUCGUUCACUCCCAGCUCUCUGCGCACUUAUGAAAGUUGUGCCCUAACCUCAUCAAGUUUCAUGGCCGAGAAUUUCUGGAGCAUAUUUCGAUCACGCCCCAUGGUCACCUGAAAGCAAGACCUCGCUGCUCAGCGUUGAAAUCUGCCGUAUGGGUUACCAUUGUGUCGGAGGAUUAUUUUAAAACAUGGCGACUGCGUCAGCACGCUAGCACAAAUGUAACACAAUCUCCUAUCUCUAUUAUAAAGACACUCUCAAAACGUGAUUGAACAAUGUCUUCUGGGAGAUAUGAUUUGGAAAGUCGGAGGUCAAAGACCUUUGGCCUUCUAUCGCAAACCAAAGGAACCUUUCGAAAACUUGAUGAUCAGCCUAUCGCUGGGAUCCACCUACACCGUUCUUUAGAUGAAGGAAUGCUGGACAGAGAUGUGUUGCAUCGACGUGAUGCAACUGAAACCCUGACAUACAAUGAAUGCGCGGUGGACGUUGAAUUUCCAGGCAGGCCAAAAGACGCCGUCGAUGGGAAGAAGUUAAUGCUACAGGAAGCGACACCGGCGAACGCAACGACCGUAAAAGAAGGCAGCGUCCUUAAAUCCCCUUCUAGUCGACAAGAAGAGCCAGGUGUUACCAAACCACCAUCGCCGCCCGGCAAGACAAUUCACAAAAAAUCGAAAUCUUUGGACGAAAAGACAAAGUCGGAUGACCGGGACAAGAAACACGGCGGUUUUCUGGAGAGGCUGACCAAAAGCUGGCGCAGGCGAGAUGGGGAUGAAGCUCUGAGCGAGGGAGGGAGCAAGAAGAAAAGAAGGAAGGACGAUCACCACUCUGGCAGCUCGAGCUCUUCGGACUCUGACGGGAAAAGUGGCAAGGGGAAAAAUGGAGGUCGAAAUGGGGAAGAAAUGUUCGAGAUAAAAUUAGCAAACAGUGAGUCCCAGGCCUCGCUGGACGCAAAGUUGCAUUACGACCUUGAAGACGGCACCGUCGUUCCGAUUUCUGAGUUCAAGGUCAAUGAUGAGAUCGACCAAGGCAAAACUGUGUUCCCCACACCGGAAAUAGCCCCGCUACUUAAGUACCAGGACAGCAAUGGUGGGCCGCUUCCUGCUGUGAAGGCCUCACCAAAGUACACGUCGUUCGCUCAAGAUUCCAUUUCGGACGAGGAGUCGCCUGGUGGUGAGAGAGAGGGACACGAGAGAUGUGACACCAGCAGCGAGGACAGUGACGUCGUAGUGGACAUGACACCCAGUUCUUGCUUUUAUGAUACGCUGGCUCAUGAAAAGCCCACCGAGCAUGUGUAUGAUAAGCUUGAAUAUAAAAGCCAAGAGGUUUCUCCGUACGAAGAAAUUGUGUUUGGCAACGAUGCUGUAACAAUCAACAUCCCUGUCAUCUCUAUAAAUCCUGACAAAGUCAUUGACCCAUUUCCGAUUUCCGACGAUAAUGGUAUCGAUGCCUGUUUAACAUCGAUCGUUUAUGAAGAUUUCGACAAAGAUGCUUCUCGCCAUGGAGAACAACGCAUCGAUACCGACAGCUGUCCAUUAGGGGAGGAUAAGAACCAUCACCCUCCUACUGACGUGGCCAAUCAUGUUCUAAACAUUGACAACAUCCGCCAAAGUGCCAAGAAAAGGAAGACUUCAAGCUCAAGCUCAUCCAGCUCCGCCUCUUCCAUAACACACCCUUCCAAAAGGGAGGCGCUUUGCCCUCCCGACACAGAGACACCCUUCCCUCCCGACACUGAGGCGCCCCUCCCUCCCGACACAGAGGUGCCCCUUUCUCCCGACACCGAGGCGCCCCUCUCUCCCGACACAGAGGCGCCCCUCGCUAACCAUCAGUCCAAAUCCAACAAAUUCAAGACAUUUAAACUGGAGGCCACCGUCGUCAUCAGCCCAGACGACGAUCUAAGCGAGAACACCAUGACCUACUUUGGUCCAGUGUUCCUCAAACCACAGAAGGGCAACGGGGAAGAGUUCUUCAAAGUCGUAGUCGCCCCUAACUCCGAUCAGACGUCAAAGAUGGCAAUCAGACACGAGGACGCAGUGGUUGCGGGCUUGAGUGGGCAGGCUACCCGUGGUGGUGAGUAAUGACCUUAUUCCUUGCAAACCGUGAUAUAAAUUUGGGGCGCUAGUAAGUUGUAUCUACAUAAUUUGACGUCACGGGGUCCUAGCAAGCUGCUACAAAUUUGGUAGACUUUCAUUUCAUUCAUCUGUCUAAAAUACGCUACCUAGAAAACGUUUUUAUGAAAAAUAGUAUUCCAAAUAUCUUAAUUAGGGACAUCUGCUUUUUCAGUUGGCAAAAUUAUGAUUUGGUUCUCGAGGCUUGACUUUUAAGAUGUACUGUUUUUUUUAGGGCAAACUUUUCUUCUUCAUUUAAUAGGAUGAUUAAAUAAGUAUGAAAUUCUAAGAAGUUUAAAACGACUUCAUUCUUUUAAAAGAGUAAACAUUAAUUUCUCAUAAUUUCCAAAAAAACAUUUCCGCGAAGGCUCAUUAAAUGAUUUCCAGUCAAAUACUUCAGCAUCUCUUUGAAGCCUUUUAAAACGUGAAUACUCUCUUCGCCUCCAGUUUCGUACCCAUUUUCAACCUUGAUUGUUAAAGCUAUGUGUCAUCCACUAGAAGAAGGAAAAAACAAAAACGUCUUCAAAUAUUAAUAACAAUUCCACCAAACGUGAUUACAAAUAAGAUAUUUCCAAAUGCUUGGCGCACGUUAAAGGUGUGGCCACCAUCAGAGGCGGGGAAAAAAAAAAAAGGAGGGGGGGGUGAAAGUCUUUUUUUUUUUUUUUAAAUCUUUUAUAUUUCACCUUUUCCUUUCUUUUUUUUUUAAAAAAAAAAAAAAAAAAAAAAAAAAAAAAAAAAAAAAAAAAAAAGGAGGGGGGGGUGAAAGUCUUUUUUUUUUUUUUUAAAUCUCUAAGAUCUAACAGUAUCGGAUCUCUUUAUUGUUCUUCUGUUGGUCUAUCCUUGCGCCGUACCGAAAUAUUUGAGCUCACUUGAAUCUCACCUUACCACCGCAUUGUUUUUACAACCGUCUCUACGCACCGGUGUGUUUCCGUGCCUGCGCAUUUUGAUGCUGCCCACAAUUCUAAGAUCUCUGGCAUGGACGAAGUAAUCAGUGAUUGAGUCGCCGCGCCCGGCCAGCCCACGUGGACAAAUUACUAUGCACAUGUUAAUGGAUAAAGGUUAAUCUUAAUAGCUCCGUGAUAUGAAUACACGACGAGUUGAAGUUGGACAAAAAUGUGAUGCAGGAAUGUCAAGAAUUUUAUCAUGGCCAACCUGCCACACCUUGAUUGACCCCAAUAAAAACUUUUCAAAGACUGGAUCAUUCAUUUGCAUGCGUAUUAUUUUAAAGGACAGAGUUUUACUUGGAUAUGGAGUCAGACUUGUCCGUGGUGGGAUUGUCUUUAAAAAUAUAAACGUUCCCUUCUUUUAACUAAUAAAAAUGCAAAUCUUAUAGGCCUAAUGGAAAUGAUAAAACACAGUGGCGUGCCUAGGGUUAGUGACAUCAGGGGCGGGACGAGAAAUUUUCCGCCUCCUACCAUGGAAAAAAUAUCGGCAGUUGGCCGAAAAUGCCGCCCCUCCAUAUGGAGAAAACAAAUCCCACCUCCGGUACGGACCCUUCCCGCCCCUUCCCUACCCCACUUAUAAAACAGUCCAUUUAUAGCAGGACAUAAAUUUAAAAAAUAUGGUAUUUAUUAUGAAAUGGCAAUAGCCAGAAUUUGUAGCGCCCGAGGAGGUCCUGGACUCACAUGACAUACAUAUGUCACCCGAGGAGGUCCUGGACUUACAUGACAUACAUAUGUUACCCGAGGCGGUACCGGGGUUAAAAGACAUACAUGUCACCCGAGGAGGUCCUGGACUUACAUGACAUACAUAUAAGAAAUUGCAGUCCAGGCGGACCGACCCUUAUUCAUAUGCACCCCACACCACCCCCCCCCCCCCACCCAACCUCCUUUUUUUUUUUAGCUGGACAUGACACUACAAUUUCACCUGGUGUCAGUGGGAUAGGGGCGGCAUUUUCGGCCAACAGCUGAGUUCUGUCUUUUUUUUUUUUUCCUAUGAAGAGGACGGCAUAACUAUCGGUUCGCCGCGGGUGUCAAUAAAACUAGCUUGUGCUCUGCGUAGAGUCCCACAACCCUCCCCUGUGCGAACACACUCUCUUUAUGUGAUGGGAACACCAUGAACCUUCGAGAAGCGGUCACGAGAAGCGGUUAUAUGCAUGGUAAAGAUUCAUUUCCCACCUUCGGGCAUUUGAUCAACUGACCAAAGAAAGUUAAUGGAUCAAUUAAGUCUAUUAAAAUGACAAUGUACCAACUUGACACCCGGCUUAUUGCUCGAACCAGAGACCAUGGUUUGAUGGACGGAUAGCGACGGGAGGGUUGACGUGCUCCUGGUCACUUUGUUCCUCCCAUUAAUCAGGUGGCGCUUAGAGAAGGACGAAGUUGUUUAAUACAGACAACAACAAAAAGCUCACACUGAUUGUUUUUUUUUUUUUUUUUUUUUUUAUUUUUUUUUUUUUUUUUUUUUUUUUUUUUUUUUUUUAAUUCUUUAUUUUAUUUUUUCAUUUUUUUACAUUCUUUCACAAACCAAACCAAAAGAUAGCAUGUCAUCUACAUCGGGUCUACCAGAACUAGUCUAAUCAAUAAGAUUAUUGUGUAUGGGAUGCUGUUGAUACAAAUAUUUUAAAAUAUUCUUUUGAAACAUAUUCUUCUCCUAUCUUGUUUCGCUACUACAUUAAACCAAUCAAAGUCUAGUGAUCUAUCAACAUUUUUUGUUCGUGUUUUAAAUUUUAUUCUGAGUGUUUGGUUCACAUUUCCCCAUCUCUGGCACCCCACAUCAUUUGUAUCAGGGCGUUUCCCGUCACUUUAGUGAUCCGUGUCAGAUCAUGGCCACCGUGCCACGUCAUUAGAUUGGUGUCAGAUCAAUGCAACCAUGCCACGUCAUUAGAUUGGUGUCAGAUCAAUGCCACCAUGCCACGUCAUCAGAUUGGUGUCAGAUCAUUGCCACCAUGCCACGUCAUUAGAUUGGUGUCAGAUCAAUGCCACCAUGCCACGUCAUUAGAUUGGUGUCAGAUCAAUGCCACCAUGCCACGUCAUCAGAUUGGUGUCAGAUCAUGGCCACCGUGCCACGUCAUUAGAUUGGUGUCAGAUCAUUGCCUCCAUGCCACGUCAUUAGAUUGGUGUCAGAUCAUGGCCACCGUGCCACGUCAUUAGAUUGGUGUCAGAUCAUGGCCACCGUGCCACGUCAUUAGAUUGGUGUCAGAUCAUGGCCACCAUGCCACGUCAUCAGAUUGGUGUCAGAUCAUUGCCACCAUGCCACGUCAUUAGAUUGGUGUCAGAUCAAUGUAACCAUGCCACGUCAUUAGAUUGGUGUCAGAUCAUGGCCACCGUGCCACGUCAUCAGAUUGGUGUCAGAUCAUUGCCACCAUGCCACGUCAUUAGAUUGGUGUCAGAUCAAUGUAACCAUGCCACGUCAUCAGAUUGGUGUCAGAUCAUUGCCACCAUGCCACGUCAUUAGAUUGGUGUAAGAUCAAUGCCACCGUGCCACGUCAUCAGAUUGGUGUCAGAUCAUUGCCUCCAUGCCACGUCAUCAGAUUGAUGUCAAUAAUUGACAGUCAGAGUUCAUUUCUAUGUCAACAAUGUUAAGCAUUGCUUAUUGCUAAUGAUAUUGUUGACAUUUUCCAUUCCUAGGUCAACAAUACUUCUUGCAAAUGAUUUCGUUAUCUGUAAUUAGAUUGGUGUCAGAUCAUUGCCUCCAUGCCACGUCAUCAGAUUGGUGUCAGAUCAUUGCCACCAUGCCACGUCGUUAGAUUGGUGUCAGAUCAUUGCAACCAUGCCACGUCAUCAGAUUGGUGUCAAUCAUGCGGCCAUGCCAUGUCAUUAGCUUGGCGUCAAAUCAUUGCCACCAGGCCACGUCGUCAGAUUGGUAUCAAAUCAUUUGCAUCAUGCCACGUUGUCAGAUUGGUGUCAAAUCAUUGCCAUCAUGCCAUGUCAUUAGCUUUGUAUCAAAUCAUUGCGGCCGUGCCACGUCAUUAGCUUGAUGUCAAUCAGGGCGGCGAUCACAUGUCAUUAGAUUGGUGUCAAAUCAUUGCCGUCAUGCCACGUCAUUAGAUUGGUGUCAAUUGAUUGCAGCCUUGUCAUGUCAUUAGCGUUGUGUCAGAUCAUUGCGACAAGAGGAAAAGUCUUGUAGGUGAUUGUUUGUGUGUGUUUGUUAUUAUUAUGUUUAAUAAAAAGUAAAUAAUUUAAAUAAGCAUGGCUUUUUUUUUUUUUUGAUUGUGUGUUUCGGGUGAUAAGCAAUGGAUUUGGAGUUUUGUAUAUGGGACAGAAAGAUGUGGGAAUUAGAAGACUUUAAACAAACUAUAGAAACCUACUACUAUUAUUCAUACCAAAUUUAUUUUCACAUUUUUUUUUUUUGUUUAGAAGGAUGUUUUAAAAACAUUAUCCCCCAAGUAAAUAUCAUUGUCCACUUAUCAUGAUUGUAUCUGUUGUUGAUUGUCUUUUUAUUUUCUUCUUCAUAUUUUCCAUUUCUAUGUCAACAAUGUUAAGCAUAGCUUCCUGCUAAUGAUAUUGUUGACAUUGUCAAUUUCUAUGGAAACAAUGUUAAGCAUAGCUCCUUGCUAGUGAUAUUGUUGACACAGUUCAUUUCUAUGUCCAUAAUGUUAAGCAUAGCUUAUUGUUAAUGAUAUUGUUGACAUUUUCCAUUCCUAGGUCAACAAUACUUCUUGCAAAUGAUUUCGUUAUCUGUCAAAUAUAAAUCGUUAAUUUGGAUAGCUAAAAUGAGUAUGGACUGUACAUUAUGUAUCCCUCGCAUGGCGUUGAUUGCAUUGCAUCCAUCGGAUGGCGUUCAUUGAAUGUAUCCAUCGGACAGCGUUGAUUGAAAUUUAUCCAUCAGACGGCGUAGAUUGAAAUGUAUCCAUCGGAGAGCGUUGAUUGUAGUGGAUGCUCCGUUAAUUUCGUUGUCAUUCCUAAAUGCUGUAAUUUUAAUUGUAUCCAUUAACCUUUUUGGUAUUUGGUGAACCAUGACAUAGAGGGAGAUCAAGGGGACUGUUUGGUGAACCAUGACAUCGAGGGAAUCAAAGAGGACUAUUUGGAGAACCAUGAUAUCGAGUGAGACAAAGAGGACUAUUUGGUGAAUCAUGACAUAGGGGGAACUACAGAGGACUAUUUGAUGAACCAUGACAUAGAGUUAGACAAAAGGGUCUAUUUGGUGAACCAUGACAUCCAGGGAGACAAAGAGGAUUUUUUGAUGAACCAUGACAUAGAGGGAGACAAAAGGACUAUUUGGUGAACCAUGACAUAGAGGGAAUCAAAGAGGACUAUUUGGUGAACCAUGACAUAGAGGGAGAUAAAGUGGACUAUUAGCUAAAUCAUGACAUAGAGGGAACAUAAGAGGACUAUUUGGUGAACCAUGACAUAAAGGGAGACAAAGAGGACUGUUUGAUGAACAAUGACAUAGAGGGAGAUAAAGUGGACUAUUAGCUAAAUCAUGACAUAGAGGGAACUUAAGAGGACGAUUUGGUGAACCAUGACAUAGAGGGAGACAAAGAGGACUAUUUGGGGAACCAUGACAUAGAAGGAGAUAAAGUGGACUAUGAGCUAAAUCAUGACAUAGAGGGAACUUAAGAGGACUAUUUGGUGAACCAUGACAUAAAGGGAGACAAAGAGGACUGUUUGAUGAACCAUGACAUAGAGGGAGAUAAAAAGGACUAUUAGCUAAAUCAUGACAUAGAGGGAACUUAAGAGGACGAUUUGGUGAACCAUGACAUAGAGGGAGACAAAGUGGACUAUUUGGUGAACCAUGACAUAGAGGGAGAUAAAGUGGACUAUUAGCUAAAUCAUGACAUAGAGGGAACUUAAGAGGACUAUUUGGUGAACCAUGACAUAGAGGGAGACAAAGAGGACUGUUUGAUGAACCAUGACAUAGAUAGAGAUAAAAAGGACUAUUUGGUGAGCCAUGACAUAGAAGAAGACAAAGCGAACUAUUUCGUGAAACAUGACUUAGAGGCAAACAAAAGGACAAUUUGAUGAACCAUGACAUAGAAAAAGGCAAAGUGGACUAUUUUGUGAUCCAUGACAUCGAGGAAAAAAAAUAGGACUUUUUGGUGACCCAUGACAUAGAGGGAGACAUAGAAGUAUAUUUGGUGAACCAUGACAUAGAGGGAAACAAAGAGGAAUAUUUGGUGAACCAUGACACAGAGGGAGACAAAGAGGACUAUUUGGUGAACCAUGACAUAGAGUGAACUAAAGAGGACUAUUCGGUGAACCAUGACAUGGAGGGAACUAAAGAGGACUAUUUGGUGAACCAUGACAUAGAGGGAGACAAAGAGGAAUAUUUGGGUGAACCAUGACAUAGAGGGAAACAAAGAGGACUAUUUGGUGAACCAUGACAUAGAGGGAGAUAAAGUUGACUAUCAGCUAAAUCAUGACAUAGAGGGAACUAAAGAGGACUAUUUCGUCAACCAUGACAUAGAGGGAGAUAAAGAGGACUAUUUAGUGAACCAUAUCAUCGAGGGAGACAAAAGGACUAUUUGGUGAACCAUGACAUCAAGGGAAUUAAAGAGGACUAUUUGGUGAACUAUGACAUAGGGGGAACUACAGAGGACUAUUUGGUGAACCAUGACAUAGAGGACUAUUUGGUUAACCAUGGUAUCGAGGGAGACAAAAGGACUAUUUAGUGAACCAUGACAUAGACGGAACCAAAAAAGACUAUUUGGUUAACAAUGACAUAGAGGGAGAUAAAAAAGGACUAUUUGGUGAACCAUGACAUCGAGGGAGACAAAGCAGACUAUGAGCUGACUCACGAAAUGGAAGGAACCAAAGAGGACUAUUUGGUAAACCAUGACAUAGAGGAAACCAAAGAUGACUAUUUGGUGAACCAUGACAUAGAUGGAACCAAAAAUGACUAUUUGGUGAACCAUGACAUAGAGGGAACCAAAGAGGACUAUUUGGUGAACCAUGACAUAGAGUGAGACAAAGAGGACUAUUUGGUGAGCCAUGACAUAGUGGGAACCAAAGAGGACUAUUUGGUGAACCAUGACGUAGGUAAACCAAAGAGGACAAUUUGCUAAACGAUGACAGUGCAGGAGACGGGCUAUAAUUUCCUUUAAAUGUAUCAGCCAAAGCUUUAUAUAGAGCGUCUUAUAUAUAUUUCAUUUAAGCUGAGUUGGGGGGGGGGCACCUUAACUUUAAGUGGUGAAUUCUUGUAGUUCCUUCAUAUUAAGCUCAAGAAGUAUGCAAUAAAUGCCACAAGGAAAAGGCUUAGAAACUCAGACAUUAGGAAGUGGUAGAAAAAAAAAAAUUAAUGGCGAAGUCGAAAAACUGAAUGGUGACAUUUAUGUUAUCAAUAGAGUGGUGCCUUCGAGAUUUCUAUAUAAAAUUCCUGUGCGGCGGUCGGCGGUAGAGUUUUUGUAACCCCCUUCCCUUAGCCUCACCUUGCAACGUGUAUUUGAUACGCCCUUGUUUAGAGAACAUUAUUGUACGUUUUUUUUUGUUGUCUUUUGUUUUUGUUAUGAAGGACUUAGUCAUCCACUUUAACUGUCAGGCUAAGUUUUUGCCAUCGGCACUGCAAGGUCUAGCUUUUCAUGUGUAUUGAAUAUAAGACUUUGCGUGUUCUGUUCAAUGCGUGUCCACUGAUUGUUCGGGCUUCCCCUGACUAUCAAGUCAUAUGAGUUGGGAUAACAACAAGGAAACAUCACAAGUGUUUCUCGGCUUAUGCUAUGUAUACAUGCUACAAUUAUAUUGUGCUGACAAGCUUCUGUUAUACAAGAGCACAAAGUUCAUAUGGACCAUACUAUAUCAUGAUAUUUCUGAUAACUUUUGUAAUCGCAUUUGAAAAUAUGUUAAGUUAGUAAAGUGUGUAUUGUAAAGUUAAAUGAAUUAAAAGAUAGUUGUAAAAUAAAGUGGUGAGAAGUACCUAAACCAUACAUACUGAGGAGAACAUGAACCACACGUGGUAAGAAGAACAUUAACCACACGUGGUAAAAAGUACAUUAACCACACGUGGUGAUGAGAACCUAAACCCCACGUACUUAGGAGAACCUAAACCACACGUACUUAGGAGAACCUAAAACACAUGUGGUGAUGAAAACCUAAACCACAUGGUGAGGAGAACCUAAACCAUAUAGGGUGAGGAAAACAAACCUAAAACACACUUGGUGAUGAAAACCUAAACCACAUGGUGAGGAGAACAUAAACCAUAUAGGGUGAGGAAAACAAACCUAAACCACACUUGGUGAGGAGAACCUAAACCACACUUGGUGAGGACAACCUAAACCAUAUAGGGUGAGGAAAACAAACCUAAAACACACUUGGUGAGGAGAACCUAAACCAUAUAGGGUGAGGAAAACAAACCUAAACCACACUUGGUGAGGACAACCUAAACCACACUUGGUGAGGACAACCUAAACCACACUUGGUGAGGAAAACCUAAAACACACAUGGUGAGGAAAACCUAAAACACGCUUGGUGAGGAGAACCUAAAACACAAGUAUUAUUUAGGUUUUGUUUUCAAGACCCACAUUUCAAAGAAUUAUAUGUUUCACGGUAUUAAGUCCUUAACUUUACCCUUGUUUGCCUUUGAAAUCAUUAAGUUCUUAACUUUACCCUUGUUUGCCUAUGAAAUCAUUAAGUCCUUAACUUUACCCUUGUUUGCCUUUGAAAUCAUUAAGUCCUUAACUUUACCCUUGUUUGCCUUUGAAAUCAGUAAGUCCUUAACUUUACCCUUGUUUGCCUAUGAAAUCAUUAAGUCCUUAACUUUACCCUUGUUUGCCUAUGAAAUCAUUAAGUCCUUAACUUUACCCUUGUUUGCCUAUGAAAUCAGUAAGUCCUUAACUUUACCCUUGUUUGCCUAUGAAAUCAGUAAGUCCUUAACUUUACCCUUGUUUGCCUAUGAACUCACCUGACAGAGUGUUUGACAGUGUUUAAAGAUCUUAUCCUUAUAUAACAGAUAUUUAGAAAUUCGUAAAAAAAAAAAAAAUUGUGAAGACUGUUGCUUUCUUCUUUAUGUGAUGUCUUUUUCUUCAUGUGCCACCUUCUACCUCAUGUGCCACCUUCUACCUCAUGUACCGCCUUCUACCUCAUGUGCCACCUUCUACUUCAUGUGCCGCCUUCUACCUCAUGUGCCACCUUCUACCUCAUGUGCCACCUUAUACCUCAUGUGCUACAUUCUACCUCAUGUGCCACCUUAUACCUCAUGUGCCGCCUUCUACCUCAUGUGCCACCUUCCAACUCAUGUUCCGCCCUCUACCUCAUGUGCUGCCUUAUACCUCAUGUGCCGCCUUAUAACUCAUGUGCCGCCUUAUACCUCAUGUGCCGCCCAUUGAUCCAAGUACCUUCUACUACUAUAUGUUUGGUCAAGGUGAAGAUUGCGGUCGUGACAAUGGGUGAAAAAAUAACUGUUACAAUCAAGUGUUCUCAAACACAUACCUAAGGUGUCCCUUAUUCAAAUAGCUAUAUUUGGUGUUGUUGUUUUUUUUAGUUUCUUUUACAAACACAUAGCAAAGAAGCUUGCAAUUAGAAUAAAAAGCCCAUGUAUAAAUACAUAAAACUCAACUAUCUUGACUUAUUAAAUGUCGGGGCCAUGGUUGGGUUGUUAACAACCUUUAUAAAUAUUGUUAUUCUGUAAUUAAUAUUUUUAAUUAUAAAUUUAAUAACGUCAAUUACCUAAUGAAACUGUUAAACUGAUAAACUACAGAAAUAUUCAUUCACUAGAGGCACACGUUAAUAACAUAGUACUGAAAGGGUAAAUAACCACCAGUGUUACUUGUAAUGUGACAGAUACUGUGGUAGCCGUAGACGGGAUUUUACCAAAAUGUUUUAUGUCGUUUUUUCCGUGGCCAAUCGUCUCCUUCAAACACUUUCAAUUCUGGGUGGUAUUCAAAUGUCAAAGAUUAAACCAGUUGAUGAGAGCGUUUCCUAAAUAAAAAUUCCUCCCCACUUUCUCAACUGUUUAUCGAAUAUAUUUAUUUUAUUUAAACAUUUAUUUUUUUUUAACUUGAAAGAUAUUUCAUCACCGCAAAGAAAUCUGUUUCAUUGUUUAGCAUGAGCGCGCCACAAACGAACUUUGCCGAGGCUAUUAUGGUAAGCAAACACAGCCCAUUCACUGGCCGAGUGGACGAAACACAAAAAAAACAACAACACCUUUUUAAAAACAAAAGUAAGCGUUAGACUCACGGUAAUUGGUAAAUGUGACCAGGCUGCAUACAUUAGACAGUCACUUUCAUAGAACAUCUUGGAGUCUAGUAGUCUUGUACCAUUUUUUUUUCAACUCCAAUAAUUGAGAGUUUAGCACGUAAGUAAUGUAGACAAUUAAUAUAUGUGUUUUGGGGAUUUUGCUAUUUGCUUUCUCUUGAGAUCUCUAUUUAUUAGCUUCGUUUGAAAGUAAGUCCUUUAACCAUUCCACAAAUAUAGUGUCGUCAUCAUAACCUUAACUGUUGUUGUUUUUUUUCUAUUAAAAAACGGGUUGAUAUUUAAUUGGAGAACAAAUAUUCUUGAGCUACAACCAUAAUGUAUGCCAAUUGUCUUUAAACUAUAGUAUCUCGUUAGAGCUUGAUUAGCUUCAAUGUCUUCCGUGGGCGAAUGGACAAUUUUGUUCCAUUACAUCACAAUCUGUGGGCGAAUGGACAAUUUUGUUCCAUUACAUCACAUUCCGUGGGCGAAUGGAAAGUCCCUUACUAAGUUGUACAAACAAAAACUGCCAAUAAAAAACUUCCUUAAUGAGAAUUCAUAAACAAGUGUCGUGACGAUGGAGCUAACCAAUUAGCGAUGAUCAGGAGAAUAACACAACCAUCUCUCACAGUGUGACGAGUAUUCGCCUACACAUCAUGAGAGACUUGGAUAUUGACAGAACGCUCGUUACCUUUGCCGCUUAUAACUGCACGAAAUGACAAAUAUUGCAUUAUUUGUGAAUUAAAUUUGCUUCGGAGUUUGAUCAUUUUUUUGCCGGAGGGGGAGUCGAAAUCUUAUAAAAUUACACAAUUCCUUUGAGAUGAAAUUAAUUUUUUUUGGUCAUUUUCCUGUUCUGAUUAUCUGAAAUAUUACAAAACCAUUGACUGAUCGCUUAAGCCAUUUUCACCGUCAGUUUAUCACCCCCCCCCCCCACACACACACACAAUCUUCACUUCAUGGCGUUUGUAAUAGUGUAGAAUAGCGCAAGAGCCUUGGCAGAAAAGAAAAUGAAUCUGUUUCAAAUAGCGUGUGUCUUUAACCUUUCCUACACAUGUAUUGUGACUGGAAACGUUCUCGUGGAGACAGAUUUCGUUACACGAUCGACAGACAGAUAAAACGAUGUUUGUUACGCUGUUGUUUUGUUUGUUUCAGUCGCAAAGCUAAGCCCAGAAAAGUGUUGGCCUGAAUGUAACGGCGAAACGCGACGCUCCGACGUCACAGCCCCUGCAGACCCCACAGCCCUCCCCACCACAUGCAGUGGACGAGAUGGCCAGAUAGAGCAAUUAGUCGUUAAUUCUCCGAGGCGACGGGGCGGGGCAGGAGGCUACGGGGAGAGGGAAGACCAGGCAGACGCGUCCAGGAAACCCGAGGACCAGAGUCCAGAGAUAAACCGCCAAAUAAACCAGAGCCUAGCAAAACUUGGGCCUGAUCGUGGCACUAACGGGGUGAAGGUGGUGGGGGAGUCCCUCGAAGAUGUGCACGGGAAGAGAGGACCGUGCGUGUCUGAUACGAAAUUGGUCACAGAUGAAAAUGGCUUGGAUACUUUUGGCCGUGGCGAGACCAAGGAAACCAAAGGCUCACCACUGAGUUGUCCCGCUAAUCAGAAGUCGCGCUCUGAUUCCAGGUCUAGUGACGGCUCGGGGACAGAUUCAGACUCGGUGUCUAAAAAAUCUCAACCUUAUCAGGAUUCUGAACCUAAUGUGCACAUCCGGCAGGACGGAAAGCGCGUGGAGUUUUUAAACCCUCGAACUUUCUUGAACAGAAUCAAGGGCUCCCCAAAGAAUGUUUUCGGUUUAUCGAGAGCUGUGAAAAUCCCAGUGCAAUUUGGGGGGCACCUGUACCCAGAAACCAGGAGAUAUAAAGUACUCGAGCAGACUAUAACAAUUGAACACAUCCGUGAACCAGAACCGGAACAGAAAACAAUUGAGUUUUUUACAGUUCCUAAGCAAACGGACUGUGAACAGAAAGCAACGUUUGGAACACAAUAUUCUCCCGUCAUUGAUAAAAAUGAAAGUUUGAAUACAGAUAUUGAGUUGUUGGAUAAUAAUAAUUUUCCGGGAACUAACUGUGCUGGGCAAGAUCCAGAGACGAAGUUGUUACAUGAGGAAAUGGAUAAGCUCAGUGUGGACCAGCAGAAGACAAUCGUUGUAAGCGAUGUGGAUCUGUCAUCAAAGGGCGUGGAAGUUAUUGGAUACUAUAGUCCAGUAAGCUCCCCGAAGCUGCUCUUCAAACAAAUGCAGAACAUGAACCUAACCGAGACGAGCGUGGAUAGAAACGAAUCAAAGGAUGGAGUCAAGAAAUCGUGUUCAUCAUCGUCGAGCGGUUCUGACUCAGACUCGGGUGAGAAAUCGCAAGGAAAAAGUAAUAAAGUUAACACAAGGAAACAAGAAGAUUCGGGAGACACAAGAGAGAAAUCUUUGAAAGAGUGCCAUCACGAUGAGAAGCUUGAUGGAAAUAAAGAUGCUUUUAAUGAGCCAGGGUUGCCAUCGAGUGAAAGCGAUGCUAAAGUAACUGUAAAAGAUGAUUCGCAUUCUGUGUUACAAAUCAAGCAAGAGACAAUUAGUAGUGUGACAUCAGAAGACAAUGAGUGCAAUGGCAGCUAUCCCAGAGCUGAAAAAAAGAUGGAAAACAAGGCGUUAUUAGAUGGACACAAGACCCAAAAGCGUGAGGAUCCCUGUCAAUCUUCAAAAGAAAUUAAAACUCCGUCCAAUUCCUCUCCUUCAAUUUCAUCGUCAUCAAGUGACUCUGAUCACGAAAGUGAUGACUCGGGUGGGCAGUGCUCCUAUGACGUGACGGGUCCAGAUCCCCCCAAUGAAGCUGAGAUUGACAAGGUGGAUGCUGGGCAUGAAGGAGAUUUUUCGCAACAGAAAACUCGCCCAACUGAGUUAGAAUACGAGCUAGAAAAUGUACAGCCUGGAAUGAAUGUAUCAGUGCAUGUCGACACACCGGAUGUUACCAGACUUGGUGAGUCGGGGUCACGUGAUGCAAGCACAGAGAGUUUGACCUUUAUUUCCAAUACAUCGUCGUCCGUUCUCGGCGAGACGAUUAUAGCGGAAGAGCAGACGGACCUCACUGGAGCCCCACAGCCUGUGUGGGAUGAAUCAGUCAACAAAACGUACUCGUCCACAUCGUCGUUCUCCUCAUCCGACGACGAGGCUAAGGCAAAGACUGGAAGCAUAGAAGCAAGCGCCGCUAGUAAAGAGAAUACCGAGAAGCCAGAAAUAGAAGAUGUUGUUACGUCAUUUCCUGGCCGACAAGGAAAAGAAAUUGAGGUAAAGCCAAAAGAAGCUUUAAAUUCAGACAACGAACAGGUUUUAUCUUCGACAGUAACUCAAAAAGUUGAAAUUGUAGUGUGCGGCGAUGAGACGAAGGGUAAAGCAAGCCCUGUAGAUACUCCAUUGGAGAAGUUGCCAUCACACGAUGUGACCGUCAGUUCGCGUGACGCUUCCAUUGUUGCUGAACAGUCUAUGGUCGUGGAUAAAAUUGGAAGCAGGAAGGUAUCCAAAGAGAAACCCAAAAAAGAGAAGAAAUCCGAGAAAGACACAAAAUCUGUCUCCCCGCCCGCUGAUUCUGAGCAGCCAAGGAGAAAAAGCAAGUUGUUCAGCUGGCCGUUCUGGCGAAAUAAAAAGAAACAGGAAGAUAUUAAACAGAAGGAAGAAAGCCAGGCCAUCAAAGUGGAACCGGAAAUAGAGACGAAAGAUCAAGUAGAGAAAAUUCCCGAUACACAGCAUGUAAAAGCAGAUGAAGUCGAUUCGGCCAGCGAAGAGCUCACAAAAGGAUUCGAGCGAAUGACGCCGAGGACAUCAACUCCUCUACGUCGUGAGGAACAAACAAAACAAGACAUCAGCCAGACAUCUGAGGCAUCACAUGACCUUGGGGCCAUCUCAAGGGUAGAUGUGCCUUCUUCGUCUCCUGGCCAAAUUCAAAAUGGCGUCCUGGAAACGACUCUUUCCUGCAGAAGUGCAAGUAAAAGGUCAUCGUCAAAGUCAAGGUCGUCAACAUCGUCAGAGAACUCUGCGCCUGAUGCAGGUCAACGCGGAUCUGACAGUGGGAUUCCCAGUCUUUCUUUCAUAUCUCAGGUGGAAUCUGUUGAUGCAAACGUCAGUGGGCCGUCAAAGCUGUCGUCUCGACCCGAGCUCUGUCCCGAGACUACAAAAGAAAGAUCAGGAAGUGAACUAUCCAAGAGUAGUUCAAGCUCUAAGGAAUGUAACGAAGAUGAAACGCCCAGUUUAGCCGAGAGAGUGCCCUCUCUUACGAAAUCUAGCAUUUCACCUGAAGCGACGGAUCACAACAAGGGGCUCAUGGUUGAUGAUAAGUUCCACGACGACGUAAUCCACAACCAAGAGGACGCGGGAACCCUGAGAGAUCAACCAAAAGAUCAAAAUAAACUCAAAGGGGAAACAAAGUGCAAAACCAAGGAGACGAAACAGGACGAAACGAAAGAAAUCGUUCCAGGCGAAGAAAAUUCACGUGGCUCUAAGAAAAUCAAAACAACAAAACCGCCGAGGCAGAAGUCAAAAUCAACAAAGAAAGGAUCGGACCAUGGCGGUCACACAUCUACUUCGUCAUCAUCGUCCGGCGACGACAAGAGGAGUUCAACUAAACGUGAACCAGCAGAAGAAUCACACAGUCACAGCGAUAACGCCAACGACAAAAAGACUUUGCAACUCACAAAGGAGACUCCGUCUCCAAAGUCAGCUGAUAAAAAACGAUCUAAGCUGUUUGGGAAAAAGUUGCCUGAUCUUCAAAUCAAACAGGAGAUUCAACUCGAAGAGCUCGCUCCCACUAAAAAAGAUGAGCCUUCAACAGGGAGAUCUCCGGCUACACCGAGAUCAAAGUCAGGUAAAAUCUCCAAAUUUUUACCGGCGCUUCUGUCACCAACGAAGAAGGAGCCGGAUGUUCGGCUUGAGGAUUCGCUGAACGCAGACCAGAGAUUCGAUGGUCAGUUUCAUCGAGAGGAUGACAUCACGCAGGGCGUGGCUGAAGAUGUCACCGCUAAAGAGAUGAAGACACCCCCGCCGACGCCAGCCUCUGAAAACGUCGAUUUCGAAGAGGGACAGUGCGACAGCCAAAACGAUCCCGUAGGUACUUCACAACCAAGGCACUUUGUGGUUGUGGCGAUAGAUUUCGGCACCACACACAGUGGAUAUGCUUUCAGGUAAGUUUCUACUGUUCUCUGAUAAAUUUAUAGUAAGUCUCAGUAAAGGAAUUUUAUUUUAGUAUAGCAAUUGUUUCCAUGGUCCACAAAGCUUACAAAUGACCAUGAUAUAUAUAUUGACUGAUACAAUUUGAGCAUUUGAUGUUGAUUCCAGUGUGCUCCACGAUAUUUUCGUUUCUAACACCAACAAGCCCUAACAAGCACUGUCUUACUAUAUUUUCUGCACCCAGUGACAUGCUGGAGGGUGACUUGGUACGAAUAGUUUUCUAAACGUACCCAUUUCCUUGUGGGGAGGACAUUUUAAAGGGGGAGAAACAAUAUACUCAAAUACUACAUUACGAUUUGUUUCACUUAUGAGAAUUGUUGGCUUAACGUAAAUAUUUCAAAGUAUUUUAUCAUGGUCAAUGUAUCUGAGUCUCAUCAUGGUCAAUGUAUCUGUGCUUCAUCAUGGUCAAUGUAUAUGUGUCUCAUCAUGGUCAAUGUAUCUGUGUCUCAUCAUGGUCAAUGUGUCUGUGCCUCAUCAUGGUCAAUGUAUCUGUGCUUCAUCAUGGCCAAUGUAUCUGUGUCUCAUCAUGGUCAACGUAUAUGUGUCUCAUCAUGGUCAAUGUAUCUGUGUCUCAUCAUGGUCAACGUAUCUGUGUCUCAUCAUGGUCAAUGUAUCUGUGUCUCAUCAUGGUCAAUGUAUCUGUGUCUCAUCAUGGUCAACGUAUCUGUGUCUCAUCAUGGUCAACUUAUCUAUGUCUCAUCAUGGUCAACGUAUAUGUGUCUCAUCAUGGUCAAUGUAUCUGUGUCUCCUCAUGGUCAAUGUAUCUGUGUCUCCUCAUGGUCAAUGUAUAUGUGUCUCAUCAUGGUCAACGUAUCUGUGUCUCAUCAUGGUCAACGUAUCUGUGUCUCAUCAUGGUCAAUGUAUCUGUGUCGCAUCAUGGUCAACGCAUAUGUGUCUCAUCAUGGUCAAUGUAUCUGUGUCUCUUCAUGGUCAAUGUAUCUGUGUCUCAUCAUGGUCAAUGUAUCUGUGUCUCAUCAUGGUCAAUGUAUCUGUGUCUCAUCAUGGUCAACGUAUCUGUGUCUCAUCAUGGUCAAUGUAUCUGUGUCUCUUCAUGGUCAAUGUAUCUGUGUCUCAUCAUGGUCAAUGUAUCUGUGUCUCAUCAUGGUCAAUGUAUCUGUGUCUCAUCAUGGUCAAUGUAUCUGUGUCUCAUCAUGGUCAAUGUAUCUGUGUCUCAUCAUGGUCAAUGUAUCUGUGUCUCUUCAUGGUCAAUGUAUCUGUGUCUCAUCAUGGUCAACGUAUCUGUGUCUCAUCAUGGUCAAUGUAUCUGUGUCUCAUCAUGGUCAACGUAUCUGUGUCUCCUCAUGGUCAAUGUAUCUGUGUCUCCUCAUGGUCAAUGUAUCUGUGACUCAUCAUGGUCAAUGUAUCUGUGUCUCAUCAUGGUCAAUGUAUCUGUGUCUCAUCAUGGUCAACGUAUCUGUGUCUCAUCAUGGUCAACGUAUCUGUGUCUCAUCAUGGUCAACGUAUCUGUGUCUCAUCAUGGUCAACGUAUCUGUGUCUCCUCAUGGUCAACGUAUCUGUGUCUCAUCAUGGUCAACGUAUCUGUGUCUCAUCAUGGUCAACGUAUCUGUGUCUCAUCAUGGUCAACGUAUCUGUGUCUCAUCAUGGUCAACGUAUCUGUGUCUCAUCAUGGUCAAUGUAUCUGUGUCUCUUCAGUUUCGUUCGUGAUCCGACAAGUGUUUACAUGAUGAGGAGGUGGGCCGGCGAGGAGCCUGGGGUGGUCAACCAGAAAACCUUGACCUCUCUACUCCUCACCCCUGAAGGAGAGUUCCACAGUUUCGGCUACAGCGCCCGCAGCAGCUACCUCAACUUGAUCCCGGUGGAAGCCAAGCACUGGAUGUACUUUAGCACGUUCAAGAUGGAGUUGCAUCACAACGCUGUGAGUAGAAAUGUAUCACGUGACACAAGUGUCCAAUCAUAUGACCUACCCAAGCUAGAGUUUUGGAAUAGUAAUAAUUUUGCAGGAAUGUUUCAAUCUUGCUUCUUUAUAUUUCCACGGGUCAGCCAUGUUAAGAAAUGCAUGCACACAAAAUGUCAUUUCCUGUCCCCAACUAUAACAGGGUUGGACUGCGAUAAAAUAUUUCAGUAGAUUAUAUUAUUAUAAUGAGACGCAAACUACGAGGAUAUUGAACUGCUUAUCUGGUUAGUAUUUCCUAGUAAGUUUAAGCCCCCAAAUGUUAAGAACUGCUAACUGGAUAAGCAUUUCAAUAUUUCCGUUCUCUAGUGCAGCGGUUCUCAACCUGUGGGUCGCGACCCCUUUAGGGGUCGAAUGCCCUUUACACAGGGGUCGCCUCAGAGCAUCGGAAACCCCAUAAUUAUGAAAUAGCAACGAAAAUAAUUUUAUGUUCGUGGGUCAACACAACAUGAGGAACUGUAUUAAAGGUUCAUGUCAUUAGGAAGGCUGAGAACCACUGGUCUAGGGGUACGUAUUAAACAAAUAUAUGGUCAGUAUGACAUAUGGUUUUUUAUUCCAAAAAAAAAAGUGUGUCUUCUUUCAUCCGCUUUCUCUCUGCAACUCCUUUACUACUUAAAACCGUAACACUCAGCAACGUCAUCUCUAGUACCCAUCAAAUACGUCACAAAUACAAAGCACACAGCAACAGCUACACAAAUAAUCUCCACACCAAAACACGCUUCCACAAAACACACACACACAAAAAUCAUUAACAUUUCCUCCUGUAUUCAAAAUUGAUGCUGUAGUAUUUUCGUCUUGACAACUUUGGGCCCCUUAAUUGUCUGAUGCUCCCUGCAGUCACAGGUUUUUCAGUGCGUGGUCUGGACUAACACCUGCACUCAGAUUUGAUCUGAUUUUUCCUUCAGUCCAUCUAACACUUGAUGAGGCAUGCACUUUCAACUCAUGCCUCGCGUUUUCCCUAUACCUCUAUUUAUCCAUGCACCCACUCGGAUUGAACAUUCCUAAGAAACGCCAUUGCCGCUGGAUGUGUUAAUCGGUUUGACUCUUCCAUUCCUUGAGUUUCGUCCAUGGUGUCGGCACUUGCCGUGUUUUAACACGCGAGUUAUCAGCAGCGCAGAAAGACGAGCCGAGACAGAAUUUAUCUAUGAAUGCUGGGAUACAACUAUAACAGAUAGCGCCCUCUGCCACCCACUGAUUAUGGAUAAUUGCGAGACGCAUAAACCUUGGGUUUUGCGGGCCAAUACACGGAGCUUAACUAGUUUUGUAUCCUGCUGGUUAUAUUAUGUUAAUCCUUCUUAGCUCUAAAAAAAAAAAAUAAAAAAAAAUGUACUCCUCUUAUGACAACACACACGCAAGCCAUCAUAGUGAUAUUCUUCCCGCAGUUGUCAACCUCUUUCUGAAAGUAGUUUAUCUUACAUAACAAAAUAUGGAGCAGGAAAUCUGUACUGAGCUAGUAGGCGACCAUCCUCACAGAUGGAACACUCGUUAAUUUAUGUGUGUCUAUAACUAUGAUACGUUUUAUCGUUUCCAACCUCACAGCAAAAACUGUUACAAUGUUAAUAUAUUAUAUCACGAUUGUACUUAUAAACUAAAUUUACAUGUAUUCGUUCCUCUUAACAAGAAUUUUAAGAAAAAAAAACAAUUUAAAAAAAAAACACGCAAUUAUCUCACAUUCUUAAAUACCAUUUUAGUUGUGUGUUGUUUUUUUUUUAAUAACAUUUGAAUUUUACAAAAUAUACAAAAUAAAAUGAUAUGUUCAUAUCUGAUGAUUAGGACAACAAGCCAGUGUGGAAAAAGGUCCCUUGCAUGUGGUGUGUAAGCGCCCUAUGAGAAUCCAUAAGAAUAUAACUGGCCUGUCAAUUUGGGUAGAAAUAAAUAUGAAAUUUGAAUUUCGCUCUUUCAACCUAAGUACGAGCGGGCAUCAACGUCUGUGGUGUCCAUGGUAUUCAUAGCAGCAAUCAUAGCAGCAAUCAUAGCAGCAAUCAUAGCAGCAAAACAACAGUUGAGAGUUCAAGAGAUUGGAUUUCAACGCAACCGUCGUAAAAUAUAAUACACACACAUAAGUAGAGCAGUGAAAAUCAACAAUAGAUCUUAAACAGCAAUUUUUUUUUCUUUUUCACCCCGCAUGGUAAACGUUAAUUACCCUGUACCCAUGGGUUUCUCGAUGUUUAUUUCUUUACCUUUAUACCCCUGGACCCAUAAAAAUAAAGAUAAUUUCUCCGAAUUCCAUUCAUGACUCAAAUAACACAAAUAUUAUGGGGCAUUGCUUGAGACACUACAGUUGGAGGAAUGUGGGGAUUGCGAUAUAGGUAGACGAGACGACCGACCUUAUCUUACCGCAGGACCGACAAUGCGGGUUAAUUUAUGACAAGAAGUGAACAUUAUCUCCCUGCGUGCGGCGCUGCAUUGUUUCAGUUCCUGGGCAUUUCGCUGAUAGUCUUACUAUCCACAACCCCUAAUGGGAGGGUGGCACCUGGUGGUUAGGGUUGUGGAAGAUUCUUUUUUUUUCGUGCAUUUUAGGUGGUAGGUGUGUGGAGGGUGGGGUGGAAAAAGGGGGGGGGGGCUUUACGUGUAUGGGGGGAGGGGGGGGGGAGGUUCAGAACUCCAGGCCUGACUAAUGGGAGGGUGGCACCUGGUGGUUAGGGUUGUGGAAGAUUCUUUUUUUUUCGUGCAUUUUAGGUGGUAGGUGUGUGGAGGGUGGGGUGGAAAAAGGGGGGGGGGGCUUUACGUGUAUGGUGGGAGUGGGGAGAGAGGUUCAGAACUCCAGGCCUGACUAACGUUAAUGAGACACAACUACGUGCAGCUGAAAUAGAAUCUGCUGCAACAACUUUAAAAGCAAUUUGUUAUUUUUACAUAUGUAAUACAACGUACGACUGUACGAAAACAAUUUAAGGGUAAUGUAAGCCAAGCGCAGGAGAUAAAGUUAUACUUCUUUUAAAAACAACUUUACGUUACUUAGACUGAUCGGCUUGGUGGUAGAAAGGGGAAACAAUCUACAAUCAAGAUAUAAGGUAGAACCCUACGAUCUUUUGUGAUGUAUAGCUAUGUAAUAGUGGCUAUUUUCUUGUUCCUCCCCACUGUCUCCCCCAUCUCUCUCUCUCUCUCUCCCUCUCUCUAUUUAUAUUACUAAUUCUCCGAUCAUUUUUCGGUCUAAAUCUAUUCACUUUUAACGAAAGGAAAUCCCUUACUAAGUGAACAAUAAUAAUGUGAUCACUUCAAAAUAAACAGGCGAUUGCCGUCAAUCCUUUGUUUUCCUCAUUUGCAAUAUGAAACAUAUAGUUACAUGUAACAUAACUGCCCCUUACCUGUAACUGUUGAUCGUCUCGUGUCUAGUGACAACUUCAAACAUGCAGUAAUUGACUUCGUAUCAAUGAAAGAUCAGUUUACCUGGAGAAGAUUUUAACACCUUUAAAAAUAUAUAUAUAUACCUAGAAAAACGUAUUAAUAACUUCAAAUAGAUUUAUUUUUAUUGCCCAUACAUAUAGCACGGAGAAAUCAAAACUUGAGACCAAAAACAUUUGAAUCUCUGGUCAUACUGAAAUACGUUAAUUUCCAAUGUGAAAAAACAAAGAGCAUCAGUGCUUGCAUCCAAAUGUUAUUGUGUGCUUUUAACGAAACAAAAAUUUGAAAUAUUCAACGCUGGAAAGUCUAGUCACCAACAAAUGGUAUUCUGAUACGGUUCUGAUAUAAAGACACUCUCUAACACUAGAAAUGUCUUGAUGGCGUCAGCGUUUUUUUUUUUGAAGUAAUCCUCCAUUAAAACAAAAGAAAGCACCUCUCUGUAGAAAAUGUUCGGAAAGUAACAAAAAAAUCUUACCAAUGUUAUAAACGGACAUCAAUUGAAAAGGACAGAAAUCGGUGAGAUAAUUGACACAAUUUGACAAGGACAGAAAUGUAUGAGAUAAUUGACAUCAUUUGACAAGCACAUGUAUGAGUGAGAUUCGCUUCUUUCUUAUGACAAUAAAACUAGUGGAAAUAAAAAAAGAAAAUGACAUGCAAGGGUUAUUACUUUUUCAAAUAUAUGUUUGAAUAUUAUUACCGGUAAUGUUAUGAUUUUUAAUAUCACAACAACAAAAAAUAUUUAAUCUACAACCCCACACAUGAGUCUAUUCGUUUGUGUCAGGAUUUGAACAGAGACACGACGUUGGUGGCCUUGAACGGAGCCAAGUUCCCAGCACUCAAAGUUUUCGCGUACGCCCUUGAUUUCUUUAAGAACCACGCCCUUCAGCAGCUGAGUGACCAGUCCGGCACAGAGCUGUUGAACGAUGACAUCAGAUGGGUCAUCACAGUGCCUGCGAUAUGGAAGGCACCCGCCAAGCAGUUCAUGCGUCAGGCUGCCUACGAGGUAUUGCAUCAGCCAACAUUCAAUUGGUUUACAUUAAACUUUUUAAACCUUAAAUUGGGUUGCACAACUUGAUUAGAAAUCUUCAGUGUCUAUUUAAGGUUGACCAAUUAAGCCAAUUUGGAUAAUGAUGCAUGGCUGUAUUGUAAUAAGUGCACUCUAAGUAAUAAGUACACUCUAAGCAAUAAGUACACGCCAAGUAAUAAGUACACUCUAAGUCAGUGUUUCCCAACCUUUUUUGUGCGAUGCCCCACCUAAGGCUUUCUAAAAUUCUUAUGCCCAAAUGUAUCAUAUAAAUAAUUUUUAAUUAUCAAAAUAGGGUUGUUUACUGAAGAAACUUAAAUGAUAGGUUUUAGGAAGAAAUCACUAGGAAAUUGGUGAGGAAACAUAGUAAGUAAAUUUUCAGAACACAUAUUGAAGAACUGAAAUUCAAGUACGAAAUAAUUUUAAUGAAACAUUUGAUAUUUUAAAGAUUCUCCUUUUAAAGUACUAGUUAAAUCAUAGCAGACGUUUGAUUUUCAAAUUCUAGACAGCUCAUUUUCAAAUUUCAAGUGGGCCCCACGUUGGGAAACACCGCUCUAAGUAAUAAGUACACUCUAAGAACAGGGAUUUCCCACUGGAUGCCCCCAACAUAUUUGAUAUCCAACCCUUUUUUUUUUCUUGACACAUUUGAGAAUUUUCUGGUCAUAAUCAGACUUUUUCUUUCAAGCAGCUCUCCGGGAAGUCAGUUGCCCACCCCACAUUGUUUGCAUAUCGAUACUUUAUUAUUUUUAUUAUUUAUUUAUUUAUUUUUUGCAACUUCACAAGUUUAAAAAUGGAUAUUUGGCCUUCAUGGAUCUAAUUUUUUUUUUUUUUUUUUUUUUUUUUCUUUUUUUUCCUUUCCCCCCCCCCCCUUUUUUUUUUCUUCUUAUUAAGUGGCAUUCUCAUAAGCUUUUUUUAAAAAAAAAAAUGAAACUUUAGAAUUUAGAAUUUAGACAACCAUCUGUUGAUAAGCUUGGCAUGUGUUUCUUCAGGCCGGGUUGGCAAGUGCAAGCUUCCCAGAGCAGCUGUUGAUAGCUCUCGAACCGGAAGCUGCCUCCAUCUACUGCCGUCGACUACGAAUGCAUCAACUCAUCCCUGACCAACCCUUGAAAAGACCGCUCCAGUCCCCGUCACGGUCAUCGGUGGAGGUCAGUGGUGAACUUGCUGUUACCGAAUUGACAGUUGGUAAGUCUCUGGUCAAGUAAUAAAGAAAUUUCAUUUAAUUUUAUAACGUACAUUAAGUUUCUCUUCCCCCCCCCCCCCGCAUUCCCCCAUUUUCUUUUUUUUAGGUUUUUAUUUUCUUUAUUAAUGCUCAGGUUGACCAUCAAUAAAAGACGCCACGAGGCUGGGGUGGGGGUGGGGAGAGUAAAGUAUCUGUGAUGAUAUGAGAUGCGGUUCACGUGGUGUCUCUCUGGUGAUUUAUGACGUUGCAGUAUGAGGGUGGGGUAAAAAAAAAUCGGCCAAGGGGGUACGUCCUAAUUUGUUGCUUGCCCGUGGUUGCCGUGGUUGCCGUGGUUGCCGCCCAUUUCUUCAAAUUUAGAUCACUUCCGGUUGAGUUCAUAUUUGUUUUGGUUUAAACUCGAUUCCAGUAAGUCGGGUUAGGGCUAAUCAAAACACACCCAAUAAUACAGGGUUAGGGUUAGGGCUAAUCAAAACACACCCAAUAAUACAGGGUUAGGGUUAGGGCUAAUCAAAACACACCCAAUAAUACAGGGUUAGGGUUAGGGCUAAUCAAAACACACCCAAUAAUACAGGGUUAGGGUUAGGGCUAAUCAAAACACACCCAAUAAUACAGGGUUAGGGUUAGGGCUAAUCAAAACACACCCAAUAAUACAGGGUUAGGGUUAGGGCUAAUCAAAACACACCCAAUAAUACAGGGUUAGGGUUAGGGCUAAUCAAAACACACCCAAUAAUACAGGGUUAGGGUUAGGGCUAAUCAAAACACACCCAAUAAUACAGGGUUAGGGUUAGGGCUAAUCAAAACACACCCAAUAAUACAGGGUUAGGGUUAGGGCUAAUCAAAACACACCCAAUAAUACAGGGUUAGGGUUAGGGCUAAUCAAAACACACCCAAUAAUACAGGGUUAGGGUUAGGGCUAAUCAAAACACACCCAAUAAUACAGGGUUAGGGUUAGGGCUAAUCAAAACACACCCAAUAAUACAGGGUUAGGGUUAGGGCUAAUCAAAACACACCCAAUAAUACAGGUUUUUUUUUUUAAUGAAAUGUACACUUUUACUCUGAAUAAUUUCUUUCAUCUCAAUGUACGAUAUCUUCAUCCAAUUCAUGUAUCCAUAUCCAAACCUUGACAACCACAAAUGAUAUGAAAGCGGAAAUGAUUUAAAUCAAUCAAUUUUCUAUUUUCUCUCCGAAAAUAUUUUUUUUUCUUGGAGGUCGCACCCCAUCUGCGAAAUGUUAUUUUUGAAGGUCCUUUUGAAAUAACUCCCCAAAAGCUGUGCGUAACACUGAAUUUUUUUUUUUUUUUUACUUAACUAGCGGUUAUGAAAUGACAACACCUUAUGCUAGUAUUAAAUGGACUUUAAGCAAAUGUUAUAAUUAAAACAUGGACCGUUGGCUUGAGUGCAUCAUAUUAUAUUAGAUUUUAUAUGGCCAAAUUGAGAACGUCAUAAACAAUGUUGAAGAACUCAUCUCACCAACGAUUAGUGACAUUAUAGUUUCAUAGCCACAAGGCUGAGGAAAUGGAACAGUACUUGCUUUGCAUACCAAAGUCAACUGAGUUCUCAUUACAACUAGAUACUUAUUAGUUAUGCACGGUUUUUUUUUCACAGAAGUAAGUUCGGAUCAAGACAGCAAAAAUAUUUUCUGAAAAAAAGAAAAAGAAAUUAAUCUUUUAAAGUGGGUGGGUGUCAGUAUAUUAUUUUAGAACAGUUCUUCAACGUCAAUAAAAUUACAAAUAUUAGCAUACAUUUGAAAUUAAUGGAGAAAUAAUCUCUUGAUUUUUUUCCAUUGCAUUGCCAGAUCUAAUUGCUAUUGAAAAAAAUUUAAAACUCCGUGGCCAUCAGUGAAAUAAAUUUUCAAUCACGCCCUCAAAGUGAGUGACUAUCUCUGAUCCUCCUUGUUGUGUAGGGUGCAGAUUUGGCUGCUUCCAUCCGACGCUGGUCGACACAAAUGUUUAUCAUGGUGUUGACUUCAAAGAUGCUCACACAUCAGAAAUAUGAAUUCGCUGUUGCUUGUGCAUGAAAUCAAUAGUUCACAAACCGAAUCUUUGUCCUUCCCUUUUGAUUACAAAUUCAAUUCUGCUUAAGCGCAAGCUUUUUAAAAUCUUAUUCUGCGUGAUAGAGGAUAAAAAAUGUUUCUCGUCGCAUCCUUUCCAUUGUACAUGGUGUGAUGUGCUUUUAGUGCGGUCGUCCAGCUUUUCUCAAAGCAAGCAGCCGUUUAAAAGUGUGAUCUUAGUCAAUGGCGUUUCUGCUAAAAGGAAGAGUCUUAAAACCUAGCAUCGAAAGGUUUGAUACCCCUUUGCCAAGUCCUGCUCAUGCAUCGCUUUAAGAUCAUUGACCCGUGAAAACGUUAGGCGUCUAUAGGAAAACUUUGUUAAAUAAUCAUUCCACUUGAAAAAGCCGACGACUCGCAUGAUCCAAUAAAUCAGCUUAAUAUCGAAUGGUUCGUUCAUGACAUUUUAGUUGUUAUUCUGAUCCGAUCUUCAAAUAUAUGAUCACAAAUAAUGGUUAUAACUGGGUCAGACCGGGGCCGUUCAGGGUGGGUUUAGGGGCAAAAGGAUGCGGCGGCCAGAUAAUGUUUGAGAGCCACUGGUUUUAAACCGUAAAAGAUUAACCGCGAUACUAAUCUAUGCAUCGUCACUAGAGAAAUGACUGACACACUAUGAGGGUACACAAAAAAAUAACAUCCUGUUUUUUUUUGUUUUUUUUUACUAUUGAUUAAAUUGUGUCUUUGUUUUCAUUUUUUCACUACACCAAAUGUCAAAUCUGUCAAAUUUGCUCCCAGACACGCCCUUUACAGAUUACAGAUCUUCUGUUUUCAAUGUUAGAUGAAAUAAAUUAACAAUUUAGAACAAUAUUUGAAUGUUUUCAGAUCUGAACAAAUCUAGUUCGUCAUCCCGAGCAACAUUAGAUAGUUUACCAGAUGAAAUUGUUGACGCACAAAUCCAAGGUUUUAUUGACGUAACAUUCUUCAGCUUGCCUAGUUAUUUGAGCACUGCCUCAUAACCCUAUCACUCCACUCCCCCACAUCCCCAUGCCCCCCCCCCACACUUGGUACAAUCACGGACACGCCGGACACUACUCGGACACAUGUUAAAACCCCAGCAUGCGGUUUGUUUGUCUUGGCACAACGUCUUCCUCUCCCGACCAGCCUCUAAUUCUUUCACAAAUUGCACAGUUUGCAUACAAUCAACACAGUAUUUGAGACCGUGAUUUUUGGUAGCAAUUAGGGGGGUCAGCCGACACAAGCGAAACAAAUAAAAAGUCACCACGUCUUGGUUGGUUCAAGUGGGGGCUCCCAAGAUGAGAUCGUUUCAUUCAGCAUUCUGACCGACACAGCUUGAGGCUACGUCCCCGGUAUCGAACUACCUGUUGAUAUAAACAAUUUGUUGCUGGUUUUACUGAAGCUUUAUAUCUUAGCAACAGAACAGAGAAAAUUGCUUCAGACAUUUUGAGUAUCAUGCAACACACGAUAAAUAUUUAGGCACUUGUCUGGUGAGAAUAAAGCACCCAGACGUGGGUUCGAGGCUAGCCAUAAAUAUGUUUUCAUAGCACAUCAUUUUUUCAAACAUGUAUACAAAAUAAAUUUUUUUAAAACCGUAGAUUUAAAGUAGCGACCGCCAUGACUUUCCAAACUUUAUAUCUUCUUUUUCCCAAUCCUUUCUUUUAUUCCGUAUAGAUUUUUUUUUUUAAAUAUUUGUAAUCUGAUGCGUCAAUAUCAAUGGGAUUUUCUUUUUAAAUAAAUAUUACUACAAAUAUUAUUUCCGUCUUCAAUUAAAAUAUAAAUUGUUAAUGGUUAAUAUAAAGGUGUUAGUCUAAUUCAUUAAAAAAAAAUAAUAAAGUUUUAAAAAAAAAAUAAUUAAAAAAAAAAAAAGUCCUACUGAGAUACGUCUUAAAUUGUUAUGUUAGACAUUGGCCACCUUGCUUCCUUCAACUACUUCAAGCAUGUUUUAGCCUUACACAUUUUGUCAUCUCUUAUAUGAUGUUAAUAUGUUUGUUGUUUAUACAAUUUAGGCAUAAACCAUAGUUAAAGAAACUCAAAGCUUCACCGAUUCAAAUUCUGUUUCUUUUUUUUAUUGGAUAUAUUGUACAUUAAAUGAAAAUGUUUACAUAAUGCAUGUAUAAUACCUCAUCGGGAAGCAGGGGUUCUCUCGUGCAUGAAAAAGCCAAAUUUCAACAACUAAAAACAUUAACAUUGAUAUUAAAGCGCCUUUUUUUCAUAUUUAAGUUUUAUAAAUAAGGGCAAUAAUGUUGUAUCGUGGGCGGCUAUUAAAACUGCCAUAUGAUAUUUACACACGAGCACUCAUGCAUGCACUCUGUCUAUGUAAGCCUGCUAUCUUGAUCUACCAAUGGACUGUCCGGCAAGCUGGUUAACUAAACAUCUAAACUUCUCAUUUCCAAAGGAUCCAGGUAUCUUAUUGUUGACUGUGGCGGUGGCACUGUUGACAUCACUGUCCAUGAACUUGAUCCACUGGGGCAUAUCGUAGAGCUUCACAGGGCAACGGGUGGCCCGCACGGAUCUAUAGGUAAUGAAACUGAUUCACACGUUCACUGAGCAUUCCGUUGACAUAGGUGAGCUAGAGUGCUAUUGUUGCCGGUAUCAGUUCUCAAAUAGCACGCAGGCCGUGCAUAGGGCGAGGCAAGCGAGUAAAUCACUCGGGGCCCUGACCGCACGGGGCGGAAUAUUCUUAAUAAGAUUACGUUUGAUACAAUUACUUUGAAAUAUAUCCGACCCAAAAUUUGGAUUUGCCCUGGGCCAAAUAAUUUCUGUAUGGCCCUGACACGCAGUGAUGUAGGACAGGGGAAUGGGGGGGGGGGGGCUGUCUAUAAAUGGAGGGGUGGCAUUUUCAGCCAAAUGCAGAGUUUUUUUCGUGGAAGGGGGGUGGCAAAUAUCUUGACCCUGCCCCAGGCGACACUAACCCUAGCUACACCACUGGUAACACGUGCAUAAAUUUUAGAAACAGUAAGACAUAAGGGGUUCUCACACUUAAGACGAGAGCUCCGCAACCAAUGUGUAUCGGGCCACUGAUGUACCUCGAGAUUUUGCUUGGUGUGCCGCGAAAAAUGACUUCAUGGGGAGAAAAAUUUGAAAAAUAUAUUAAAUAUGGCAAGUUAACGAUACAGUGUAAUAUACUUCUCUUAACAUUAAAUGCCAUAGUGAAUGUCGACAAUAUUCAGUUGUUUCUUACAUAAAAGUAAUACUGGUGCUUGUUAAUUUAACUUAUCCACUCUGCCAGCCAUGUACUUCACUAUUUUGUGCAUGUUUUUACUUGUGGUGUGCCGCGAAAUCUCGGAAAGACCCAAGGUGUAUCCGUGCCAUGGGUGAAAAGGGGUUGCAACAGCUCUGAUUUAUAUUAUACGAUAUCCGGUACCAACAGUUCAGUAAGACUUCGACAUGGACCACUAAAAUACGAGCUAAUUUUCUUGUAAACCUUGUAAAUAUUACUAAACAAAUAGAUUUCACAUUUUACCGUCAUCCAGGAGUGGAUGCUGAGUUUGAGAGACUUUUGUGUGGCAUCUUUGGAAUUGAGUUCAUCGAGCAGUACAAGCGGAAGUACCCGAUGGGCUGGGUGCAUCUCAUGACGGACUUUGAGUCCAGGAAAAGAUCAGCUUCGCCAUUUAAAAGUACAUCCCUGAAUGUUUCGCCUCCAUUUACUUUCAUAAACGACUACAAGAAGCACAAGGUUGGUUGAGUACAAUGGAAUGCAUGCAUAACUGUCACUGGACACUUGGGAGGGGAAAAGGGUGUGGGGGUAGAUUGGUGGGAAGGUCAAAGACUACGCAUACCUCGGCAUAAAUUGCCUUCCCUCGGCAUUACUUGCCUUCCCUCAGUGUUAUUGAGUGCCAAGCUGUAGUUACUUCUGAGCGACAACAACAACAAUCAAUCAGUAAAAUCCUAGGCCCCCGUCUCCAAAGACUUGGUUUUGACUUUCAAUGUUUUUGGUCAAUAAUUAAUAGUGAAACAGUGUUGGUUGUACAUUAGCAACAGAACUCGAACAACAUCAUUUCAAAGUCAUUGUUCGAAUUGGGAUUGCAUAUAUAUAUAAUAUGUUAGUAAAUGGAGAUUAACCGAAUAAGCGUAUGCAACGAUGUCAUGGUCAGAAAUAUACCAUUUCAUUCACCGAAAUAAACCAAAUUAUUUUUUUUUUUGAAGAGUGACCCUGAGACUGCCGUAAAACGUUACGGGGACCCGGAGGUGGAGUGGUCCCCCCAAGGCAUGCUUAGACUGACACCCGUGGCCAUGCGACGCCUCUUCUUGCCAACUCUGACACAUAUCAAGCAGGCUGUUGGGGACGUUUUAAAUCACCCUAAUGCAAGGGGUAAGAACCAGACGAAACGGCCACCUUUUUUAUAGUGAUGGAAUAUUAACCUUUUCAAAAAUAUUUGUUUAAAUUGAACUUCUAGCAGUAGCAUUAAGGGAGAAUUCUUAGGUUUUGAGCUAUUUUCUAUUUCUUGUUGUUUCUUCAUGUGUCCUGUCUGCUAAAGAAGGUUCUUAACCGAAAUGAUCUUCUUUGAUUGCCCCCUCUAAUUAUUUCAAGCCUCCUCAUAUCUUGUUCUAUUUCUUUAUUUUUAUAAUGUGUGACCAUUUUUGUAAGUUGUGGUACUAACAACACAAUUUUUAUAUGAGGAUAGACAUGAUAAUAGGCUACUGUUUCCCCACUCUUAGAAUCCCCCUCCCCCCCCCCCCUAGAUCUCUCUGAAAGCAAAGUUAAGAAAAUUUAUCACAUGUUAAAUUUCUUUUUAAUUUACUUUAUUUUUUGCAGUGAACUUGAUAGAAAAAAUAUAAUUUUUAAAAAGAAUCUUAGUGGCAUCAGAAAAAAAAAAAGAUUAAACUAAUAAAUACUGAAAAGUUUAUUACUUUAAAAAAUUGAACUUUAUUUUGCCUAUCUCAUAAUAAAUGUGUUUUUUGAGUGUGUUAUUGUUAUGAUUCAUAUUUCUAUGAGUUGAAUUCCCCUACAGCCAUAAAUAACACUUCCACUUACAUGACACACUCCCCAGAACUCAAGUACAUGUUUCUAGUGGGAGGCUUUGCUGAGUCCCCUCUGCUGCAACAUGAGAUGAGGCAAGAGUUUGGCACCAUUAUGAAGAUACUUAUUCCACAAGAAGUUAGUUUGGCUAUUCUUAAAGGUAUGUCCGCAGCAAUGACCCACGUCUGGUGGCAUAGGUCAAGUGGGCAGUUUGAAGACAAGAAGCUCAACACAACAGGAAAUGUACAAUAAAUGGCUUACACAUUAUUAUACAUUAAAAUUAAAUAAUUUUUAUAAGAUCUAGCAUGAAAUGAGCAUGUUAAAUAAAAAUAUGCAUUAGCAUAGCUCUGAUUAGAUUAAUGAUUAAUGAGUUGUUGUUUUUUUGUGAUGUUACUUUUAGAACAUAUAUUACAUUGGUGUAGAAAAAAAUCAAAUUAAUACAUUUCACUUAGGUAUUUUUGGCUACGGCCCAUUCCUUAACUUAAUACUUUGAUAUGAUCACAGUUGAAAAUUUCUAUAGAAAAAUUAUUUGUUUAGUGAGCUAAUGCACUAAUAAGCUUACACUUACACAUUUUUCAAACACAAGGUUGUGAUGAGAUUGCUUUAGAAAAUUAGUUGUAAAAUGAAGGUUUAUCAUCAUGUUUUAGAGUUUAACUCAUGUCUAUUAAAUUUUGUUUCAAGAAAUAAUAUAAUGCAUGUAACUGCGAAGGUCUUAUUUUAAUAAACUCAACAUUUUUUUUUCAGGUGCCGUUCUGUUUGGCAUAGAUCCAUCUAUAGUAAACAUAAGAAGAUCAAGACUGACAUAUGGAGUAGGGAUUCUCAACCGGUUUGACUCAAAUAUUCACCCCGAGUCCAAGCGGGUGAAUCGGGAUGGUGUGGACUGGUGUAUAGAUGUCUUUGAUAAAUAUGUAGAGACUGACCAACCUGUCAUGCUGGGUACUUCUGUGGUGAGAAGUUAUACACCAGCUAAAAAAGGUGGGUGCUGUACAUAAACUUUUUUGUCUAAAAAAAAAACAAAGGCAUGUACCGGUACAGCAAAGAAAAACAAAGGCAUGUACCGGUACAGCAAAGAAAAACAAAGGCAUGUACCGGUACAGCAAAGAAAAGCAUUACUAACUAUGCCGAUGGCUUUACACCAUAAAUUAAUUAAAAAUAAAGAUAUUUGAAAAAGGGUAGACAACUGCAUAAAUUUUUCUUUUUUUUUUUUUGUAAACACUUAUUAUACUAAUAUUUAAAAGAUGUAAACUAAAAAUUUAAGAAACUGAAAAACUCAUAGAAAAGCUUUUCCUAAUAUGGAAUUUAAAUUAUACAAGAAUUUAGAGGGAGUUACAUAAAAUAUAUAUUUAUAUAUCAGUGUGUAUAUUCACUAAGAUUUUAUCGAAAUAUUACAGUAAUUUCCUGAUAAGCAUUAAUUUCAAGAAGACAUUUGUUACGCACUGACUUCUAUUGUGAGAAAUUAAUCUCAUGUUUUAUGUAAUGGCUCGUUAAAACAGUGCCUAACAAAGGACGAUACCAUAGGGAAAUACAAUAAAAAAAUUACGACACCCAAGACAGUUGCCAAUUACAAUUAAUAAGAUUUAAUUUAGUAAUAAUACAAUUAUAAAACAAAUGAAAUGUAAUUACAACUGAUCAACUUACAGAGUGUGGUAGAUCUUGUACCGGUACACAGUUAGUACAAUGUGCCAAUUAAUAAUGUACAAUGACGAAAUGCGAAUAAACACAUAUAUAAGAACACAAAGAAUAAUACACAUCUCGUAAAGUUACAAAUAUCUAUCUGAAUUUCUGUCCCUCUCCGUGCCUGUCAAUCCUUUAUAAAUGUGGGUCUACCGACGCGUUUAGAAACGCCAUUACUUUUCUAAUACAAUCGAGAACGUUCCAUAAGCUACUAGUAGACAUACUAACCAUGUUUAAUUGGCCCCAUACUUCAAAGACUAAGCCACGCCCACAACAAACGCUACCGUCUGCUAGGGAUCUAAUUUGGGUCAAACAAAGUUCAAGCACGAAAAAAAUAGUGUACUACUUAACACUAGUAAACCUGCAGGAAUGACCAUAUAAAACUUAUGUUUCAGGUCAAGUCAGCAUAAUAUUGAACAUUUACAGCAGCCUAAACCCCAAUGUCAGAUUUAUCACAGAUCCUGGGGUCACUCGAUGUGGUACACUGUGUCUGAGUCUAGCCGCACUUGAGGAUAAUAUGACAGAGGCAGCUGCUGCACCAGGUCCAAGAGAGAUUCAGACUCGAAUGUCAUUUGGAGACACGGAGAUUAGUGUUGUUGCCGUUGAUGUUGCCACAGGAAAACUUGUCAAAGCCAGUGUGGACUUUCUUGGGAGAUAAAAGUGGGCUUACAAACAAAAUGCAACAGAAAAAUAAUAAAUGAGACUGAUAUUAGCAAUGAUUUCCCUCAAUAAUAAAUAUUAAUUCUCCAAGAACACUUGAUAUUGGGUUAUUUUGCAAUAAAUACCUUAGUAGAGGUGUUGUCGUUUACCAUAAUAUACAUCCCCAUUGUUUUCUGUUUAAUUACUUUAUUCUUAUGUAAACUGUAUGUGGUAGUCUUAAUACAAAUUAAUAUAUUUGGACAUCACCUUUAAAAAUUAUUUUUUAAAAUUUUUUUUUAUAUGUUAGGACCAAUGACUUAUUUUCCCAGAUUGAUUUAAAUGUAAAUAAGCCCAACGUUUUUUGCCAGAAGCAUAUUUUAAUCUCCUUUGUUUUUUUUCAUUUGUUGUAUUAUCCAUUUUUGGUGUGGUAUUUAAAACUAUGAACCAAGGCUGCUUCUGCAUAAGUUAAUUCAACUUGGAUAAUGCACAAGUAAGGAAAAGAUUUGAAUAAGCCUGCAUACAAGAUUUUAGCGUUUGUUUUUGUGUUUACCAUGUUAAUGUUAAGAAAAUUAAAUAAUAAGUUAAGAAAUUGUCCAAGUUAUGUGAAUCCUUAUGCCCAAAUAAAGGGUUUUGAGUAAAAUAUAUAAAUAUCAAUUUAUGCUUAUAUAUAUAUUUUAAUUUGUUAAUGUUUUCAGCAAUAUGUAAUGAAUGUGCUUUAACCUUAUGGCAUUUAUUCUAAUGUACAUAUAUUUGUACAUGUUUUGCAUAAUUUUUCAGCAUACAAGUCUAAUCAGAGGUUUGAAACUUUACGCCGUGAAGAAAUAUACUUUGCAUGAUGGUCUAUACUUUUUUUUAAAUAGCAAUCACAUGCUAAGAAACAAUGUUACAGUUUAACAGGAUCUAAGAAUUUUUUGUUUUGUUUUUUUAACCAUUUUAAUUGAAUAACAGUAACAGAAUCCUUUUUUAUUUCCAUUUAUUUAAAUUAAUUAUUCAAAAUCAAAAAUUAUUAAUUAUUGUAAAUGUAUUGAUGGCUUGAAAUUUUAGUCCAUAGAUUAUACACUUCAUUAUUAUAAACAAUUGUGUAAUUGUAAUUUCGUGGUAUUUAUAACAUAACCUUUGUAUUUUAUAAUGUACCGGUAUAAUAAUAACUACACACUUGUAAGUGGAAGGAUUGAAAGCUAUCCCACUGUGUCAUAGCCUAAAGGAAUAGAUACCACUUAAAGUUUAAAGUGAGUGUAUUCCAAUUUAUAAAUGUAAAAAUUCCACAUAUACAGACAAUUAAAGUUUACUGAAUUAUUCCAAUGUUUUGUUUUUUCAUUGAAUUUUAAGAUCUAUGGCAGGCAUUCAGACAAAAUACUUGGUUGUACCAUAUUUAUAUUUAAAUCAAAGAGAAAAGAUUGACAAUCUGCCAUGUAACUCCAUAUCCUAAAAGAAAUUAUUCAUAGAUCCUCUGUAAAUUUCACUAAAACCUUUAAGCUCCACUGCCCAAUAGGCUGAUUUAAUUAUUUUAUUACAAUACCCUAUAAAAAAAAAA